AGUUGUGCACGUAAUUAGCUCGUUUUAUCACCACACAUACACAUCGGCCGUUACUGUAGAGUAAUUUGGGACUAUGACAAUAGUUUGAUUUCUUGCACUUUCAGUUGUACAGCAAGGAAUUCGACACGCACAUCGACAUAGAUGAAAAUACGAUCUUGCAAGACGGUUGCUCCAUCAGGGUCGUCGACGUUUGCUUGAUUGCUGAGGCAGCCCCGUCAUAUGGAAUCGCAGGAAGCUCGGAUGUCUCAAUCGUUGCUGUGCCUGAGCAAGAUGAACCAGACGAGAUAAUGGCUGCAUCAUCAGGCAGUCAACAGCCACUAACAAGAGAGGAACGGUGCUCAACUUAUAGGGAUGUCUCACUCGUUGCAAUAUCUGAGCAAGAUGAGCCAGAGAUAAUGGCUGCAUCAUCUAGCAUCCAUUAUUACCAAAAGGCAAAGGUUCCAUUCAAAUUUCCAAAAACACCAUUUGACAUCAAAGCUCAACUGACUCUUUGCAAGCAGGGCGAGGUGCCUUCUUCACUGCGGAAGCGAAUUGUGGAGUGGCUCUGGUUUGAGCUAUCGUCCUACACACUGUACCCAGGACCACUGUAUGCUCAGGCAGCAAAAGAACUUGUGCUACAAUAUCCUCAGCUAAAGGAUGGUUGUGGUGAAGGACAUUUUUCAUGGCAAGCUGCCCUAAGGUUUAAAGCCAAAAAUACCAGAAAAAAGCUCCCAGCAGGCAUGAUCGAAGUGGAUGCAAAGAGACGCAUAGCAAGAGAACGUAAUUCUUCCAGUGGAGGGGGCGCUACCAGUACUGAGGAGCCAAAGUUCCUUGAAAGAAAGAGAGCAUUUUGGAAUGCGCCUUUUAUGACUGCGGAUGAUGCUAGAAGCCUGGCAGCCCAUAUAGAUAUGAUGAAAAGGGAAAUUCGCAUGGCCGGUGGGAAUGCCGAAAAGAUCAGACUGUCCAUGGAUAAGACUUUCCACAUUCGGCGGGAUUACAUCAAGUGUAACCCAUCAUUGCGAGAACUGCUUGAUGUCUACCCAGCUCUGGGCACUGAACGAGAACUGCACAAUGAGUUCCAGCGGUUAACUGGAGUGAAUGCUAAGCAAAAGAUUUUGGAACUUGUAGAAAAAUAUGGUGGCAGAAUUUUGGCACUGGCUUCGAGAAAUGGUCAUCGAGCACAAGACUUCGACAAUGAGUGCUGAUCAUCCUUCCCUGCAUCCCAUAUCAAGUCUACUAGUCACAAUCUCCUACAUGUGGACCUGCACUUUUCAGCGUCAAACAUAUCACUAUGCAGCAGCAGUUUUGAUGGCCAUACCACGAGUAGUGAAUGAAAGCCCCACGACUAUCAUUGCUCAGCUGACACCUGGAGAAAUUCAUGCAUAUCCAAAGCUGCUUCACUCUGCCGAGCAAGCUGCGGAAUCAUCCAGCAUCUUGGUGUCCUUUGAGAGCUUGCAGCUCACUGCAGUGGAUUUGGUCGACGGGUUCGCUUUGCUUUUAGCGUUGUUCUGGACAUUUAAUGUCAAGUAUACCCAAAAAGCAAAGCGAACCUGUCUGCUGCUUGAAACACUAAUGGGGCUUGACCCCAGUGAGCGCCUUCC